AUGUCGACAAAAAGAGCUGGAGACAAUAUUGCUAGCUGUGCGGUUAUGUUAGAACUGCUGCGAGUUCUGUAUAUAUCAAAAGACCCUCUCAAACACAACAUUAUAUUCUUAUUUAAUGGAGCAGAAGAAAAUAUUUUGCAGGCAAGUCAUGGUUUUAUAACACAUCAUUCAUGGGUUCCAUCUAUCAAAGCUUUUAUAAACUUAGAUUCAGCAGGAGCUGGAGGUUGGGAAAUAGUCUUCCAAACUGGACCAGAACACCCAUGGUUAGUCAAGGCAUAUGCUGAGUCAGCAUUAUAUCCUUAUGCUUCCAUAGUGGGUCAAGAGAUCUUCCAGAGUGGUGUCAUUCCUUCUGAUACAGAUUAUAGAAUAUUCAGAGACUUUGGAAAUCUUCCUGGUUUAGAUAUUGCUUAUAUUGCCAAUGGCUACAUUUAUCAUACACAGAAUGAUAAACCACAGUAUAUUCCAUCAGGCAGUAUUCAGAGAGCGGGAGACAAUUUAUUGAGUGUGAUAAAAAACCUGUGUUCCAAUGAGCAACUUGAGGACCCUGGUGCAGAUCAGCAUGGAACUAUGGUGUUCUUUGAUUUUUUAGGACUGUUUAUGAUUUAUUAUCCUAGCAGAAUAGGAGCUGUAUUUAACUGUGGUCUUCUUGCGAUUGUUUCAGUGACUCUACUGUUGAAAUACAAGAUUAAGACUAAGAGGAUCCUAAGUUAUCAGGAUGUAUCAACAGACAAAACCUUACUACAAGCUUUAGUUCUGUCAUUAGUAUGUUGGAUAUUGUUGUCUGGAGUGGCAGCCAUUGUUGGAGUUACAGUUGACUUACUGGGACAUCCUAUGUUUUGGUUCUCAAGGACAUACAAUAUCAUACUUGUGUAUGGUGUCAUGUCAAUUAAUAUCAUCUUAGCAUUCCAUUAUCUGCUGAAACAUACAAUUUAUAAGAAUACACCAGAUUGGUAUGUGGAAUCCCUUUACCAUGAUGCAGCAAUGAUCAUAUUUUGUUUGAUAACAUUAUUUCUAACUUACAUGGACUUUGCAUCAGCUUUUUUGCCAAUGUUAUGGAUAUUAGGACCAUAUUUAGCAAGAUAUGUUGUCAUGCCAUUUUUCAAAAUAGAUAAUACUCUAGGUCCAUCAUUUUCAUAUGUAUUUAUAACCUUAUUGGGUCAACUGUUCCAACUGUUAACCACACUUCAUUCAGUAGAAGCUGUUUUAACGUUGUUUAUACCCAUAUCAGGAAGGGCAGGAUGCAAUUCAUAUCCAGAUAUAUUAAUAGCAAUGCUUACAGCUUUUACAGUUAUAAUAUGUAUGCAGUAUUUAGUUGGUUUUGUAUAUUUAUGUUCUAAUAUGAAGCCACUUCUUGCUGCAUUAAGUGUGAUACUACUUAGUAGUCUUCUACUUACACAGUUUACUAGUCUUGGAUUCCCAUACAGUGGUAAUGUGGAGAGUCCCACGUCACAGAGAGGACUGAUCUUCCAUAUUAACAGAAACUUCCACAACCAUGAUAGAAGUAUAAACAGGAGUGAUUCAGGGAUAUGGUAUUUGGCAUUUGAUCAUAAUGGUGCCAACUUAAUACAGGACAAUCCAGUGAUUCGUGAUAGCCAGUAUGUCAAGUGUGAGGGUAACUACUGUGGCAUGCCAUACAUGUACCCGCUUAUACAGCUAUUUGAUGCUAGGCUUUCAUUAUACAGUCAAAAACCACCACCUGUUAUUAGAAUUCCUGUUACUGUUACGCUGACAAAGAAGAUAAUUGUCAAGGACAGUCCAAGAAUUGUCAGAUUUCACAUUGAUGUGACAGGACCAGAUCAUAUGUCCUUGUAUAUUACUCCAGUCCCUGGUGCUGUACUUACAAGAUGGUCUAUAACUAAUGAUUCUCGUCUAUACCAUACAAGACUGCCGUCAGGUGUUCCAGGAACUACAUACUUCAUUUACUAUUCUUAUGGAAUAAAACCAGAUCAUCCAUGGAAUUUCUUUGUUGAUAUAAAGGCAUGUAGUAUUGCACCUGUUGGAUAUCCAGAGGACAAGCCAUUGGUUGAUAUUGCCUUGAGUGGCCACUACUCACAUGGCAAAGACAAGACAUCUCCUGAAUUGGAUGAUUUUAUAAAGAGUCUACCCGAUUGUUAG